AGAGACAGGACUUCGUGCGCAUGCUCGGAAUCAUCCGCCGAGGGGCGGGGCCGCAACUGCGGGAGCAGGAUGGGGGGAAGAGAAGGGAAUUCCAACUUGUAGAACUUUGGGGGUCCUAUGGUCGGGUUCCUCCCGGCGGCUGUGGAUGGUGAAAGGGGUGGGGCCUUUAGAGGCUCGUGGGGGUGUUGGGGUUCGCAGGGUGAGGAAGGGGGUGUCAAGUGUGAGAGAGAGGUGCAGGAGUUCCAAACUUAGAACCUUGAGGCCCUCGGGGCUCAGGUCCGGGGACGGGGCGCUCCGGCCGCCAUGCGUGACAGGACCCAUGAGCUGAGGCAGGGGGACAACAGCUCGGACGAUGAAGAUGAGGUUCGAGUCGCGCUGGUGGUGCACCCAGGUACCGCCCGGCUGGGCAGCCCGGACGACGAGUUCUUCCAGAAGGUCCAGACAAUUCGGCAAACUAUGGCCAAAUUGGAGAGUAAAGUCCGGGAGUUGGAGAAACAGCAGGUCACCAUUCUGGCCACGCCCCUUCCCGAGGAGAGCAUGAAGCAGGGCCUCCAGAACCUGCGCGAGGAGAUCAAACAGCUGGGGAGAGAGGUCCGGGCACAGCUAAAAGCCAUAGAGCCCCCAAAGGAAGAAGCUGAUGAGAAUUAUAACUCAGUCAACACAAGAAUGAAAAAAACCCAGCACGGGGUCCUGUCGCAGCAGUUUGUCGAGCUCAUCAACAAGUGCAAUUCAAUGCAGUCGGAGUACCGCGAGAAGAACGUGGAGCGCAUCCGCAGGCAGCUGAGGAUCACCAAUGCUGGGAUGGUGUCUGACGAGGAGCUGGAGCAGAUGCUGGACAGCGGGCAGAGUGAAGUGUUCGUGUCCAAUAUACUGAAGGACACACAGGUGACACGCCAGGCCCUGAAUGAGAUCUCGGCACGACACAGUGAGAUCCAGCAGCUGGAGCGCAGCAUCCGGGAGCUUCAUGAGAUCUUCACUUUUCUAGCGACCGAGGUGGAGAUGCAGGGGGAGAUGAUCAACCGGAUUGAGAAGAACAUCCUGAGCUCAGCAGACUAUGUGGAACGUGGGCAAGAGCAUGUCAAGAUGGCCCUAGAGAACCAGAAGAAGGCGAGGAAGGCACUGGGAGAAGCAGAGACCCAGCGUCUGUGGAGGCAGGGCAGGCCUCCAGCCGAACCCACUCUCACGCUGGCCCUGUGCAGAGGGCAUAUGGCUCUUGUGGGGCUGGCAGCUGCUCAUUCCUGGAGUCCUCCCCUUCACGCCACAAGGCCUGGGAGAGAGUUUGCAAUGUCCUGUUUGUCUGGGACACAUGGUUUUGUAAAAAAUUAAAAAAAAAAAAAGAAAGAAAGAAAGAAAAAAA